ACACUAAUUGAUGUGUAUGCACUGAGAAUCUUGAGAAUAUCCAUCAAGCCCUCUUUCCAACCAAUCAACACAUUGGAAGCUUAUAAAAUGUCGACUAUUGCCCUCGAAUCCCUCACCCUCCGCGAGGCCAUCACCGAUGCUCUCUAUCGUUGCAUCGUCGGCCUUGACACCGCUGACUUCGCCCUAUUCAAAUCCGCCUGGCUAGUGGACGAUCCUGAAACCGCAUUCGUGCUGCUCGAUACUUCAUUGAUAGGAUUCGACAAUAUCAAUGAGCAUAUGUACAAAAAGAUCGCUCCGUUGCAAACUACCCAUACGACUAGUAAUAUCCGUAUUGAUGUGAAAGACGGCGCCAAGGAGGCUACUGCGACCUCGCAUUUUAUUGCGCAGCAUUUUCGUGAGGGUGAGGGUUUGGACCCGACAACGAAGCAUUUGUUGACUGGAGGAGUGUAUUUUGUUGAUUUCGUCAAGGAUGAUGCUGAUGGAUUGUGGAAAGUGAAGAAGUGGGAUGUCAGAGUGUCUUGGCUUGAAGGGGAUGCGGCAAUUGUGGGGAGGUAAUUGUGCAGCGAUUACAUGUAUUGAUGAUGAGAAAAUAGACUAGACUGAAACUUGCGGGGGUUGAUUUUCUUACAAGUAUAUCUUAUUAUUCAAAAUAGAUCUCAAUAACUACGCGGAGUGGAUUAUUUCCGAUUAUAACCGUGGAG